AUGGAUGCUGAAUUACCAAGUAGUGAACUUGUUGAUGGAAGUGACGUCGAAGUGAAUCUUCAAUCUGAACAAAGUUCAAUAAUUUAUAUGAACGAAAAAGGCGAAUUAUCAUUAGUCAAUCCCAAUGAUCCAAACCAAUUAAACAGGGUUGAAGUUACAGUUCAAAAUAUCAUUCCUCAAAAAGACGCUGAAACAAACGAUGAUGACUUAGAAUUAGCCAAUCUACUCAUGUCGUGGGAACUCUAUGACCAACUUUACAAAUUUCUUAAAGACAAGAAAAUCAACAUUGAGGGGUUGAAAUGCAUGAAGGAAAGACAUAUCGACCAAAUAUUCUUGGAAUUCCCAGACUUCAACACAAAAAUGAUCUUCGAGUCUAAAUUAGGAAUUUGGCAAAACGAAAAUGGAGUUUUUACUGUGAGUCCGAGGCCCGUUAAUAAAUUGACCAAUCAACACUCAGUAGAAUCGUGGGUUAACACUUUGAGUAGUCCAUCGCCAACAAGUAGUUCAUCGGAUUCUGAUGUAACUGUACUAGAAAUUUUGAAGAAAACAGAACAGGGCAGAGCAAUUUUAGAAUCCUAUCGCCUCAAAAAUUGUUUGACUCCAGAGGAUCGAACAAAUUUGGUCCACAAAAUUGUCCAAUAUUUUACUGAAAAUAAAAAGAAAAUGACGGUUAAGAGGUGUGAAAUCUUGGCAGAGGAAAUCGUAAAAAUUUUUCCUACAGAAAACUUGGGUUCGUACUUUGUUCGAGGGUUUAACAAAAUCCCCCCCAAGGGUAAACUGUACGACCGAUAUAGAGGACAACGAAGAUCUCUAAAGCAGCUCUAUAAAACUGAUCCCACGUCAUCAAAGAAAGUUAAACUGGCAGAAGUGGAAGAUAAUUCCAAAGAGGAUUGUGAUGAAGAACCAAUAAACGAGACCGAGAUGCAAAGGGUUUGCGACGAGCUGAAACAAAACCGGGACUGGGAAACAGUUACUAAACAAUGGAAACAAACUAUGCCAUUCAGGAGGGAUAUGAUUUCCCAAAGCUCUGACAUUGACCUCCACACAGUCCUUCAGGAGUGGCCGCUUUACAAAUAUUCACGAGCGCCAGAACUGAUUGCCAUGGAUUACAAUUUUAUAAAACCGAAUAAUGGGUUCGACUUCACCAAAUGGGAACAAUUUUCGAAAAUAGCCCUAGAAUUGUUCACAGCGAGGAUCAAGUGCAGCGCUCUUAAAUCAUUCCUCAAUGAAUUCAGGGAGAAUAUUGACGACCUUGACAUAGAUAACGUCAAUAUUGGCUAUGCAACUCUGUUACAUGGAGUGUUGCCUCCAUCAUCGCAGCAGUUUAAUGGUAAAUUGAAGAAAUUUACAAUUGAAGAUUCAAAAUCAUCUUUCACUCUGGAAGUGGAAUGUGCAGGCCAGGUCGAACCUAUGCUAAAAAUAAAAAGGGAGGAAUGUUUAAAAUCGAAAACAAAACUUCAGCCCCUAAUAAUUGUUGUUGGUGAGAGAUUUCAUUAUAAUAAUUUUUAUGUGUCCUUGGACAAUAUUAUGUUUAAAUUAGAUACUUAUUUGGACUGCAUUAUUUUUUAUUUAAAGCUCGUUUAUGUAUUAAAUAUUCAAUACCCUCCACAGUGUUUUUCGGUAUGGGUUUUUAUACAAAUGUUUUUCUUUAAUAUUCAAGACGGUAAAAAAAUACCUUCUGUUUCAACUUUACUAAAUGAUAUAAAUGCAUUAAUUAAUUAA